AUGUAUAUGAUAAUUGCUCAAACUCCCAAAAAUUAUUUCGGUUCUGACAUUCAAAAAUCAUUAGCUUCUCUUCCUGGAUUUCCUUGGGCAAAAUACCCCGGAGAAAAACAUCUUCCCGGUCAUAAUUAUACUGGUCCAGGUACAAGAUUUCGAUUCAGUCUCGGGUUGGAUACCCGAUGUUGUGUUUUAAAAGAACCGGUAAGAAAUCUUGCAAAUGAUGCCGAUUUAGCUGGAGUGAGAGUUGUUGCUCGAAACACAAUAGAAAGAGUAGCGCGAGCAGCUAAUCAUGGAUUCGAAAAACGAGUACUUCAGUACAAUAAUAUUGUUGAGAAUAAUAGGUGGGGUAAUUACGUUAAUUGGAAAUUAUAUCCUUUAUUCGGUCUGUUGGAACAUAGAAAAGUUUCCAUAGGGUUACCAUAUAAAAUUCAUCUACAAAGAGAAAUCAACGAUGAUAAGUUAUUCUUUGGAGAGAAUGGUUCAGAUGCAAAAUUAGAAAUAACGAAUCUCCAACUUUUCAUACCCGUAAUAACACCAUCAAUUGAAGUAGAAACGAGAAUAUUCAACUCGUUAACUAAAGAUAUUGAAAUAGCUUUUCUUCAUCGUAAUACGGUAGGUAGCAUGACUUUAACUGGAGAAUCCACUACGUGGCCAAUCACUAACACUAUUAAACCAGCAAGAUAUUUAAUAGUUGGUUUCAAGAACUUACCAGAUUCUCAAACGAAUAACAAUAAUGUCUUUAGAGUGGCAAUGAACCAAACUCAAGAUCCUUUAAUCCAUAAAGUUCAAGUAAGGUUAAACAACGAUAAUUAUCCUAACCAACCAUUAACAAUUAAUCCAACCACAAAGGAUUAUAAUGAAUUGUAUAGAAACUAUAAAAAUAUGUGUGAAUUAUUUGGAAAUCUACCUCAGUUUGAAUAUGUAGAUUUUGCACUUAAUCAUCAAAUCUUCUGUUUUGAUUUAUCAGCUCACCAAGAAGAUCUUUUCAAAACAGGAGUGAACAUAAAUAUUCACAUUGAAAAAAACACAAGGAGAUGUAACAGGUUAUUGUUUACUUUUGGAAAAAGCAAAACAUUUAAUUAA